AUGUCUUCUCAUACCACUCACCACCUCGUUCUCUCGUUCCAAACUUCACUACCCUCGUCAUCCUCAUCGUCUGGGUCUAUACCUUCAGGUUUCUCCGGAGAUGAAGACAGAAGGGUUCUUCCUUUAAGAAGCAGUGCGGUUUCUAAACCUCACACUCGAUAUGAUGCGCCCGUGUUGCAUAAGAUUGUGAGAGAUGAUACCCAACAAAAUGAAGAAACUCCUCUUACCAAGGAUGACUCUGCUGUCUCUGCAUCGACCCAGAUCAUCAAGAAACAUGUGGAGACGGUCAAGUCCAUGCUGUCUUCUAUGGAGGAUGGAAGUAUCAGCAUAUCAGCGUACGACACAGCAUGGAUUGCUUUGGUUGAAGACGUCAAUGGAAGUGCUUCACCUCAGUUCCCUUCCAGCCUCGAAUGGAUUGCCAACAACCAGCUAGAAGAUGGCUCUUGGGGCUACAAGGACCUCUUCUCUGCUCACGAUCGACUCAUCAGCACCCUCGCCUGCGUCGUUGCGUUAAAGUUGUGGAAUCUCCACGCUGACAAAUGCCACAAAGGAAUGAAGUUUUUCAAGGAAAACCUACACAAGCUUGAGGACGAGAACAGUGAGCACAUAAUUGUAGGGUUUGAAGUUACAUUCCCUUCUCUUCUGGAAAUAGCUCGAAGGUUAAACCUUGACUUACCUGAUGACACUCCUGUGUUGCAUGACAUCCAUGCCCGUAGAGAUUUGAAACUCUCAAAGAUACCAAGGGACAUACUGCACAAUGUGGCCACAUCACUGCUUCAUAGCCUCGAAGGAAUGGCAGGUCUCGACUGGGAAAAGCUUCUGAAACUCCAGUCUGAAGAUGGGUCAAUUCUGUUCUCUCCCGCGUCUACUGCCUACGCAUUGCAGCAGACGAAGGAUCGAAACUGCAUGUCGUAUCUGUCGAGACUAGUCCACAAGUUCAACGGAGGAGCCCCUAAUGUGUAUCCAGUCGACUUGUUCGAACGCCUGUGGGCAGUAGAUCGGUUGCAGAGGUUAGGCUUGUCCAGAUACUUGGAGCCGGAGAUUAAGGAAUGUAUGAACUACGUAUCAAGGUAUUGGACGGAGAAAGGAAUUUCUUGGGUGAGAAACUCGGAGCUUCCCGAUCUUGAUGACACAUCAAUGGGUUUUAGAUUGCUCCGGUUGCAUGGGCAUAAGGUGUCGGCCGAUGUAUUUGAGCAUUUUAAGAAAGGGAGUGAGUUCUUCUGCCAUCCUGGAGAAUUGAACAACGCUGUGACUGUAAUACACAACUUGUAUAGGGCAAGUCAGGUGGCAUUUCCGGGAGAGAAGAUCCUUGGGGAUGCUAAAGAGUUUGCGACUAAGUUCCUAAGAAAGAAACAAGCUUCCAAUGAGUUUACAGAUAAAUGGAUCAUUGCCAAAGACUUACUUGGAGAGGUGGGUUACGCAUUGGAUUUUCCAUGGUAUGCGAGCUUACCUCGACUGGAUACAAGAUUCUACAUUGAACAGUAUGGUGGUGAAGAUGACGUUUGGAUUGCCAAGACUCUAUAUAACAUGCCCUGCAUUAGCAAUAAUUUGUAUCUCGAGCUGGCAAAGCUUGACUACAACGAUUGCCAAACACUACAUCUCAAGGAAUGGAACAGCAUUCAAAAGUGGUACAAAGAAUGGAAACUCGGAGAUUAUGGAUUGAGUGAAAAGAGUCUCCUCAGGGCUUAUUUUGUUGCGGCAGCGAGCAUUUUUGAACCCGAAAGAGCAAAUGAGCGACUUGCAUGGGCUAAAACGACAUGCCUGGUUGAUACGAUUAUGUCUUUUAAGGGAGAAACUGAUGAUAAAUAUAAGAAGGCCUUCGUUGAUGAGUUCAAAACCAGGAGGUUGUACAAAAACAAGUUUGCAGGGCAAGGAAUCGUUGGAGCUUUAUUGGCAACCAUAAGCCAACUCUCAUCGGCUACAAUGGUGCUACAUCGCCAAGACAUUACUGAAUCUCUAUGUCAAGCUUGGGGAAAAUGGCUAAUGAAGUGGCAAGGAACAUCGAAGAGGUACCAAGAUGAGGCUGAGCUACUAGUGAAAAUAAUAAAUCAAACCGCUGGCCUUCAAAAUGAGUUGUUGUCCAACGAUCCAGAAUAUGAGCAGCUGUUCAGCCUAAUCAACAAAGUUUGCAAUCAACUUCGUUUUUACCGAAACCAAAAAAUCAAGGUAGGUGAUAAUGGCAACUGCGGAACAAAAAUCAACAUGACAACCCCAGAAAUAGAAUCAUACAUGCAGCAAUUGGUGGGAUUGGUGCUAGAAAAAUCUUCAGAUGACACAGUUUCCUUGAUUAAGCAAACCUUCUUCACCGUAGCGAGGAGCUUUUACUAUGCUACAUGUUGUGACCCAGAAGUCAUUAGCCACCAUAUUAACAAAGUUCUCUUUCAGCGAGCAAUUUAA